GAACUUUACCGACUCGCCAACCCGACCGUCUACGUUAUGCCUCGGUGCAAUGCAUGCCACUCUGCUCCAAUGUUCAAGUGUUAAUUGGAUUUAAAUUUAAUUUGAAUCUGAGUUGGGUAUCCAACUGAGAUGCGAUAAGAGAGCCGACAUCGGAGCUUCCGCUGAGUUGCUUUGCUCCGGCGUCGUUUGUCCUCCUUCUGCAUCGUCCUGAAUCUAACCGUGGCUGAUCUUUGGAGAAUGAUGGGAUUGCCAGCUACCCUUUUCUUGCCAAUCCUCAAUCCUUAUGAUUGAUCUCUGUCGGCUUUCCAAUCAUCGGUUUUUGCAUCUUAUUUACCUUUGGUGCAUUCUCUGAUCAUUUCGUAGAAAGAAAGAGCGACGGAGAUGGCGUUCUCUGCGAACCCCCUUUCUCUCAGCGUUCCUCCUCCCGCAUUCGAAUCAUGGCUUCGUGAGAGUGGUUAUCUCGAGACCCUUGACUGUCGAAACGCCCACCCCCCGAUGGACCAGAAGGAUGGCUUCUCCUUCUCCUCAGUGCUCUCCCUCCUGACUAUCAAUCCUUUUUCCAAGGUCACCGCCGACGACCUCACCAGGCCGGCCGUGCCCUGGACCGCCGAAUUUUUCGACUCUGGAACCGGCCCUUCGCAGACGUACUCACUGCCCUCCAGCUCCUCCCAGGCCAGAUUGAGAGUUCAGGAGAAUGUGAAGAGAUAUAUCCGAAAUUAUAUCUAUAUUUACGUCAUCAUCCUUGGUUGCGCCAUGUAUAAGAAUCCUCUUGCUGUUUUGGGUGUUUUAUCAACUUUAGCUCUCUGGGACUUAUUCAGACUAUGUAGCACCAGAUGGAGACUGGACAGUUUUCCAAGCCUUCAGCAGGUUAUUAUUAUUAUUGCACAGUCUGCAACUGUUGUGAUACUGAUGUACUGCAAAGUUAUGAUUGCAUUUUUUUGGGCUGCCCUACUUGGCUAUGCAGUUAUGAUUCUGCACAGCUUGUUGAGGAAGUUAACACCGCUGAAGCAACCUCUGCAGGAAGAACGACGCACAAAAAUGUCGCAGAGCAGCCACAAAUACUGAAUAUUUUUCUCUGAGAGGCUGCAGCAGUAGACCGCGAAAUACAGAAUACCGUGUCAGUGCGAGUUCAACUUGUCUUUAUAUGUGAACAAAAACAAGGAACUUGCUGGCAUCACUUAUGGGAAGUUUCUUGAGGACACGAAGUUGAUGAGGCUUAAACUUGUAAAGGUUACCCGAGUAAAUGUAAAUUAGUGUUCCUUUUUUUUUC